AUGGACUCGUCCACCGGUUUGAGGGGCCCUGCCGGCUUCGCGACGCAGGCGAACGCCCUCCUCCGCAAGAACCUGUGCUUCCAGAAGAGGAACCUGAAGACGAACGCGUGUAUCAGCCUUUUCCCUAUCCUCGUCUGCGUGCUGCUGCUCCUGCUGCAAGGCGCCAUCGACCGCAGGACCAACACGUCUAAGUACCGUUGCGGCUGCGCAUGUGUCGACACGGCCACCGACGGGAGCUGCAGGAGGACAGAGUGCGGCGCCCAGCACUCCACGCUAGACCAGGUCACUUACUGUGAGAUCCUGAGUCCGCCACGGUGGCCGGCACUGAUUCAGGUACCCCGGUCUCAGUCCAGGGCCGUCAGGACCGCUUCGCAACCGUUCAAUCGUUUGCCUGAACCAACAUGCCGGGUUACCAGGUCUUGCCCCGCUGCUUUCCUCGUCACUGGAAGCAACCGCUCGCUCACCGAAAGUCUUUCGGGUGAAUUGUUUCCUGCUCUGUCUUCCCCUUUGAAUUUCACAGACUAUCUGAAUACACUCUCCAAUAUUGUCCCUGGCUCUGACACAAGGACUUCGCAUAUACAGCUUUUGGAGCCAACGUUUAUCUCACAAGAUACUUUAUAUAUUCUCCAACUCCAGUGUCAGUCCAAUUUAUCACAAACAGUUUCAGUCAAUUCUGGGAUGAUACCCCUUCGACUCAAUGUUGACUGCAUUCAAGCUUUAUUAUUAUGGCGUAAAAGUGCAUCGGUUAUCAAUGAAGAACUAUUCAAUGGGUAUAGACAACGAGGAAGUGGAGGAGGAAAUACAAAUGAAUUUGUUGCAGGUUACGACUUCUUAAACACAAACAAGAACCGUCUUGAUAUUAUUAUUUGGUUCAAUUCUACCUAUAACACAAAAAUUGCUUAUUCACGCAUUGCACUAUUACGAGUUCCACGCUUGAUCAACAUGGCAUCCAACGCAUACAUCAAAUUUCUCAAAGGAAGUGGAGCAAAAAUGCUGCUCGAAUAUGUUAAAGACAUGCCUAAAGUAGGAUCGAAGUUAAAAAUUGAUAUUGGAUCUAUUCUUAGCACACUAUUAUUCACAUGGAUUGUGGAACUAAUCUUUCCAGUUAUGCUAACAUAUCUCGUGUAUGAGAAGCAGCAGAAGCUUAAAAUUAUGAUGAAGAUGCAUGGUUUGAAAGAUGGUCCUUACUGGUUGAUAAAUUAUGCUUACUUCUUCAGUCUAUCAGUUGUCUAUAUAAUAAUGCUUGUCAUUUUUGGCUCCUUGAUAGGUCUGCGUUUCUUUACGACAAAUGACUAUGGCAUUCAGUUUGUUUUCUACUUAAUACACAUAAAGAUGCAGACUGCACUUGCAUUUUUCACAUCAUCGUUCUUUUCUUCUGUCGAAAUAGCCACAGUGGUUGGUUACGGCUAUGUAUUUGGUUCUGGUUUACUAGGGGGAUUUCUUCUUCAUUUUUUCAUUCAGGAUGCAAGUUUCCCUAAGGGUUGUAUGGUCCUCAUGCAGAUCAUCCCUGGAUUUUCACUUUACCGAGGAUUAUACGAGUUCAGUGCAUUCUCUGGAAAUGAAAUGGGAACACGUGGUAUGAAGUGGCAUAAUUUGCGCGAUCCGAUCAAUGGAAUGUGUACCACAUUGAUUAUUAUGGUUAUCGAGUGGGCAAUACUUCUCCCGUUGGGAUUUUAUUUGGAUAAUGUUUCAUUAUUGGAUGGGCGAUUACGAAAAAGGAUCUUAGUCUUUUUUAAAUGUUUUGGAACGAGAACAGUAUCAUUUCGGAGGUAUAGCUUUGGACGACUAGGAUCUAAUGUACUAGCUGAAAUGGAGAACUCUGACGCUACUCAGGAGAGAGAGUUAGUUGAGCAUCUUAUGUUGGAACCCAAUUCAAACUAUGCUAUUAUAUGUGAUAACCUAAAAAAGGUGUACCAUGGAAUGGAUGGAAACGCUGACAAGCUUGCAGUUCGUGGGUUGUCUCUUGCCAUCCCAAAAGGCAAAUGUUUUGGAAUGCUUGGACCGAAUGGGGCUGGGAAAACAUCCUUCAUCAGUAUGAUGAUUGGUCUCAUUCCACCCACAUCUGGUACAGCUUAUGUCCAUGGACUAGAUAUACGGACUGAUAUGAAUGCCAUCUACACAAAUAUGGGUGUCUGCCCACAACACGACUUACUUUGGGAAAGAUUGACGGGAAAAGAGCAUCUGUUGUUUUAUGGGAGACUAAAGAAUCUUAAAGGUGCCGAAUUACUGAAGGCAACUGAUUAUUCUCUGAAGAGUGUUAAUCUAUUUGAUGGUGGUGUCGGCGAUAAGCAAGUGAGAAACUACAGUGGGGGAAUGAAACGGAGGCUAAGUGUAGCAAUCUCCUUGAUUGGGGAUCCCAAAGUUGUUUUCAUGGACGAGCCAAGCACUGGACUAGACCCAGCUUCAAGGAACAAGCUGUGGAGUGUUGUGAAGGAGGCAAAGAAACACCGAGCCAUUAUUCUUACAACACAUUCAAUGGAGGAGGCAGAAAUACUAUGUGAUAGACUCGGUAUUUUUGUGAAUGGUGGUUUCGAAUGCAUUGCAAAUCCAAAAGAGCUGAAAACGAGAUAUGAGGGCACCUACAUCUUCACAAUGACAACAUCUUUGGAACAUGAACACGAAAUUGCCCAGCUGGUUCUGCGUUUAUCACCAAGUGCAAAAAGGAUAUAUCACAUAUCUGGAACACAAAAAUUUGAGCUGCCAAAGCAGGAGGUGAAGAUAGCAGACGUUUUCCAUGAAGUUGAGCGUGCCAAAUGCCGUUUCAAUAUACAUGCUUGGGGCCUCACUGACACAACUUUGGAGGAUGUCUUCAUUAAGGUUGCGAAGGGAGCAUAA